CAUCCACCACUCUCCCUCUGCCCUCCCUCCCCCUCCAUUUGCCCCUCUGCCCUCCCUUCCUCUCCCUCCGCCCCUCCGCCCUCCCUCACGCACUAUCCCACUUCGUUCUCUCGCUCCCUCUCUUCCAUGUUCCCUUAGAAUCUAUAGCAUGUUUCUCUCAUUUUUAUUCAUUUUACCAAGUUCCACAUUGAAAAUAAUGGAUUUCUAUAUGAUACACAAUUUGUUGUAUGCAUAUUGCAUAUAUAAUAUAACCACUAAUCUAUAUUUUAUUUUUAGUAUAACCACUUCAUUGCUAAAAUACUCACUCAAUGUGAAAAUGUAUACAACUUGGAUGGCUAGUAUAUAUACUCACUUAAUACAUUUUGUAUAAACACUUUUUUAUCUUAAUUUAAAUUUCGUAUAAUAUAUCAUAACAUUUAUAAACAGCGUAUAAUCACUUUGUAUAUAACAUUUUGGGUUUUUUGCUGGUAUGAUCAAUUUGCUAAGUUAUAAUCAAUUUGCUUGUGUACGCGGGUGGAUAUCUUUGGUAGGUACGUUAUUAAUUGAUUAGUCUUAAUUUCAUUUUCGGCUGUAUGGAAUGAUUUAUAUUAAAAAAAGAAGAAAGAGUCGUAGGUAUGAUCAAUAUAGAAUCCAGUUAACAAAGACAGCCAAUUAAAUCAUAUAUAGAGUCAAGUUUUGAGCUAUUAUUUAAUAGUAACUUUAGGUGUCAAAUCCUUAUCAUAGUUACCAAUAUAAGUUCUAAUUUAACCCAUCCGGGUACACUUCGUAUGGGAUAUGCUGCACUAUUAGAGGUGGCAAAUUGUCUGGUCUGAUUGGGUCGGGUUUAGGUUCGGGUCAGUUUGGCCAAAUGGAAAUGUGGGUUGGGUCGGGUCGAGUUUCACGUUGACCAUAGCUGACAUUUUUUUCAACUCGCGGGUCAUAUCAGGUCGGAUCAGGUCUAGUAUCAGGUUGACGGCUGCUGUCAUUUUUUUGGGCCUUGCGUCUUUUUGGGUCCGGUCGGAUAUCGGGUUGACAGCUGCUGGUAUAUUUUCGGGUCUUGGGUCAUUUCAGGUCAGGUCGGAGUAUCAGGUUGACGGUCGCUGGUGUAUUCUUAUGUCAUCUGAUUUCGGGUCGGGUUGGGUUUCAGGUUGUUCGGGUCGAGUCGGGUUCGGAUCACAUGAUUUUCGGGUCAUUUCGGGUUUUGGCUCAUUCGAGUUCAGGUCACCAGGUCGACUUCGGGUCAUCAGAUUUCUGGAUCAUCUCGGUUUCGGGUCAUUCGGGUUCGAGUAAGUUUGACUUUCCACAUAACACAAGCUGGGUCGGGUUCGGAUCAAAGCGGGUUGCAUGUAUUUUUCAGGUUGGGUCAGAUUUUACCACCUCUGCGCAUUAUUGCAUCCAUACACAGGAAGACACAUUGCAAUUUACACGCUAAUAUUCUGGCAUUCAAGUAUGCAGGCAAUUAAGCAAUGUGCAUACUUGGGCAGGCUAGACUAUUUUACCUAUAAAUUGAGUGCCUUCAAUUUAAUGUUUCGUAAAUUUUAAGGUUUUGUAGAUACGAAGACAAUUUAUUUUAUACUUCGUAUAGUUAAGAUUGAUAUAAAUAACAGGCCAUCACAAUCUUAAUGAUCUCUUUUCAUUAAUCAUAUAAAUUAAUAUUUAAUCAUUACUUCUCUGUCGAUGAAUUGUAGGUACCGUUAGAAAGUUAAUAUCUAACGGUUAGCAUCCUGCAUGCAUGCGCUACACAGUGCUUGCAUGCAGCGUACAGAGGGAUCGAUGAGCACUCUAUCCUCAUGAAACCCAGUACAUUAGACAUGCUAUAGUUAUUUAAUAUGUAUACAAUAGAUGGCAUUUUACUAUAAAUAGCUUGGCAUGGGUGCCAUAUAAUUAUCCUUGUAUAACGUAGAGAGGUCAUAAGAGAUCAGAGAUGGAGAACACAAACACCACCAAGGGCUUUGUGGUUGUCAACAAGCUGGGACGCAAAACGGCGAACUACACUCCCUCAAGAUGGAGCGAGUUCUUCAUAGACUAUGUUCCUCCUUUGGUUAAUGUGUCCGAAGAAUGGCUCGUGGAAGGGGCGGCCAAGAUGAAGAGAUCCGAGCCAUGAUCACCACCGCAAUUGACACGGUCGAGAUAAUGAAGCUGAUCGACACGCUUGAGCACCUCUGCCUCGACUACCAUUUUGAAGCGGAGAUCAAUGACAAGGUGCAGUUCCUCAACGGAACAAAGUUCGACAGCGACGAUCUUCACCAGGUGGGUCUCCGGUUCAGGCUGCUCAGGCAGCGUGGCUUCUAUGUCCCCCCAGAUGUUUUCAACAAGUUCAAGGACGAGUUCGGAAACUUCAAGACAACAUUAAUUGGAGACACAAAGGGACUGCUAAGUUUAUACAAUGCGGCUCAUCUCUUACUCCCGAAUGAAACCGUACUUGAAGACGCUAUCAAGUUUGCCGGAGACAAUCUCAAGAAAGCAGUUCACGACUUGAAAUCUCCUCUGGCCGAACAGGUUUCGCGUGCUCUCAAGAGCCCCCUUCCUAGGUUCAUGCAGAAACUUGAAGCAAGGUUCUACAUUGACGAAUAUGGAGACGAAGAGGACUCAAAUGAUACAAUACUGAAAUUCGCAAAGUUGGACUUCAUUGCUGUUCAAAGAGAGCAUUGCAAAGAAUUGAAGGCCCUCUCGUUGUGGUGGAAGGACUUGAGAAUUACAGAGACUUUGCCCUAUGCUCGGGACCGCAUAGUUGAAUGUUACUUCUGGAUUUUAGGAGUGUAUUUUGAACCAUGUUACUCUCGUGCACGCAUAAUCACUACAAAGUACAUUAUCCUUCUUAGUGUUUUGGACGAUACCUACGAUAUUUAUGCCACCUUGGAUGAGUGUCGUCUCCUUACUAUUGCUUUUAAGAGGUGGGACAAGGAUGCUGUGGAUAUGUUGCCUGAGUACAUAAAGAGUUUCUAUCUGAAAUUUAUAAACAGUUGUAAUGAAAUUGAGAGUGAAUUGGAACCCAGUGAGAAAUUCCGCGUGUCACACUUUAAGAGUCAGACCGAGAUAAUGGUGGAUGCUUAUCUACAAGAGGCAUCGUGGUAUGCACAGGACAUGUUUCCAGAAGUCGACAUCCGUAAAGAGCUCUCGGUAGUUAAAUCCUCUGGAUAUCCUGAACUCUCCUGCGCCUCGUUUAUCGGAAUGGGAGAGGUUGCCACAAAAGAGGCAUUCGAUUGGGUUACAAGCAUCCCAAAAAUUGUGAGGGCUUCUGCUGAAAUUUGCAGAUUCACUGAUGAUAUCUAUUCUAUUGAGCGAGAGCAUAGGGUUGGGCAGUGUGCAAGCACAUUUGACUGCUACAUGAAACAAUACAACGCAACGAGUGAAGAAACAAAAGAAAGAUUCCUUUCUUGGAUUGAAGAUGCAUGGAGGACGAUCAACGAAGAAUGCAUCGUGGAGACGGUGCCAAGGCCACUCAUAGAACGAGUAGCUAACUGGGCCAAAAUUAUGCACGUUAUCUACACGCACUGUGAUAAUGGCUACAACAUGUGCGAGAAUCUGAAAGAUUACAUUGCAGUACUUUUGGAAGAACCGCUCCCCUUCUAAGUGGAAACAUCUGAUAUGAUAGUUCCGAUUUACCAGAGAGGGAAUAUUAAGUGGAGAACAAUGGAGAAUAAUAAGAAGUGAGAUCUUGUCACUCUUUGAUUAUGUCAGCAAUGGUUUACAUUGUCUGAUUAUCAGCCAGUACGGUUUCUGUGGUUGUUUAAGAGCUGUGGUUGUUAUACAUGAAUAAGAGCUGUGUGGUUGUUAUACAUAUAUGAGUAAAAAUUAUUGUAAUGGUUUAUGAACGAGUGAAACAAUAUUGUAUUCUGCAUUAGUACUGAACCGCGCGUUCGAUUGUCUAUUA